UUAGUCCUUGAUGUGGUAUUUUUCCAGCGCGUAGUACGAAAAAGUUGAGAUGCUAUCUGUUGAUGUGAGUUCUUCAGUGUUAAAUUGAUGACAUGUACGUUUCAAAGUGCCAUGAGGACUGUUAUGAACAGAGAUGGCCAAAGGUGAAUACAAUUGUGAAGCGCAUCCUCAAUACUGAGAAUGUCAGUAGGGACGAGUGGCAGAAUAUGUUUGCAGAUGUACAUUAUAUCGUCUCAUGGCAAGAAUCAGCAACAACCGCCAUCAUUUCUUCUCUUACAGAAACUGUUAAGGAAUCGAUUAUGAGAGUUCAGCAGCUUGUUAUGCGUAAUCAAGAUGAAUCUUCAUUGUUAAAAUCAUACAUAGCUCAAUGGAAUAAAUUUUCUAAACAAAGCGAAUAUCUUCCACAACCAUUUAGUCCAUUAGAAAACUACCUGGUUGGUAAACAUCUUAACGGUCCCAACAAACGUCAUCUUCAAGAAAGUACUAUUAGAAAACUGAUGCUGGAAACGUGGAACAGUACGAUCUACGAAUCCAUCAAGCAAAAGCUUCUGGACAGUGCUAUUAAGCUUAUACAAGAUGAGAGAUGUGGUCAGGUUAUUGAUUCACAGCUCGUCAUAGGUGUUCGUGAGUCCUGUGUCAAUUUAUCUACGUUAUCAGAAAAAUCCUUUCGAAUAUAUGUGGAUAAUUUCGAAAAAGCAUAUAUUGAGAGCACAGAGAGUUUUUAUCGUAUACGUAUAGAUGAAUACAUUCAGAAACAUGGAAUAAGAAGUUACAUGCAAUACGCUUUGCAGAAAUUAGCUGAAGAAGAGACUCGAGCUGUAAGAUAUUUAGAAACUCAGCCAGAAUUCAAUUCCGUCCCUAAGUUAAUGAAAGUAUGCCUCAAGACAUUUGUAGUCGACUAUAUGGACCAUAUACUCUCAGAAGUUCCAAGACUAUUGCAUGAAGAAGAUACAAACCAGCUAAGAUUGUGCUAUGAAUUAGUUAAUCGAGUUCCACAAGAAAUUGACCGCUUAUUAGUACUUCUGGAGGAAUAUAUUCGACAAACAGGCUUGAAGGAUAUACGCACUAAUGCAGAGAUUAUGCUCAAAGAUGCAGAUAAAUAUGUAUCCCGUUUGCUAAAUUUAUACGUUCGUUUUUCACGUAUGGUCAAUGAUGCGUUCAAUAAUGAUCCACAUUUUCUAACUGCACGUGACAAAGCUUAUCAAGACAUUGUAAAUAAUACAUCAGUUUUUGUGACUGAAAUUCCAACUUCUGUUUGUAGCGGUAUUUCACGUGUAGAAUCUCGUUGUCCUGAAUUGUUAGCGUCUUAUUGCGAUAUGUUACUUCGCAAGUCACCAACUAAUCGUCGUUUAACAACUGAUGAAAUUGAACAAAAAUUACGCAAUGUUUUAUUAGUAUUAAAAUAUGUCAAUAGUAAAGAUAUUUUCAUGCGUGUUCAUAAAUCUCAUCUCACUCGACGAUUAAUUCUAGAAACAUCAGCUGAUAAUGAAAUGGAAGAAUUAAUGGCUGGACGUUUACGAGAAGUUGGAAUGCCAGCUGAACAAAUUAAUAAACUUGGUCGAAUGUUUCAGGAUAUUAAAAUAUCACAUGACCUCACUUCUGAAUUCAAAGAAAAAUAUAAAAUAUCUCCACAAUGUUCUACAUCAUGCAUAUCAAAUAAUACACCAUCGUUAAAUUUAGACAUCAUAACAAUUAAAAUAUUGAGCGGUGGUGCAUGGCUUUUACGUCCUCAGCCACAAUCAUCUAUUUCAUUACCAGCGGAGUUAGAAGAUUUCCUUCCUCAGAUUGAAGAUUUCUAUCGUCAGAAACAUCAAGGUCGGAGUCUUCUAUGGCAACAUCAUUUAUCUCACGGAGUACUGGCUUAUACAAGUGAUCAUGGUCGUUAUGAAUUUGAAGUGACCACUUAUCAGCUUGUUGUUUUAUACGCUUGGAAUAGAAGAUAUGAUCAACACCUUCAUUUAGAUUGUUUGCUUACUUCGACUGGUUUACAAGAUGUUGAUCUUCGUCGAACAUUAUGGUCACUAUGUGAACAUCCUAAAUUAGAACAACAGAUUAUUUGUUAUUCUCCUAAAGUAAGCUCUGAAAAACAAUUCACUGCUAAAACGGAAUUCUGGCUUAAUUUAAAAUUUACAAAUACGAAAAUGGGCAAAGUUCAAAAUCGACGAAGAAUCAAUCUGAUAGGUCGACUCCAAUUAACUCAUGAAAUAACAAAUGAAGAAGAAAGUAUGGCUAUUGUGGAAUUACGUCAACUACGUGCACAAGAGGGCAUAAUUAAAUUAUUAAAAACACGUAAACGUUUACAUCAUAAUGAAUUAUAUCAAGAAUUAGUUGAUCUAUUACGAUUUCAAUUUGUUCCGUCGAAACGAUUAAUUAAAGAAGUAUUAGAAUGGCUUAUUGAUAAACAUUAUGUUCGCCGUGAUAAUAACGAUAUGAAUGUGUUUGUAUAUGGUACUUGAAAAUUGAAUGCCUUUCUGUUUUUCAUAGUUCGCUUUUUUAAAUUUAUUUACAUGAAAUCAAUUAGAUCUUCAUCCGUCCUACCCCUCUGUUUUAUACUUCCCUGUAAUUAGUCUUCGAAAGAAAAAAAACACACUCAACGAAUGCAUUGGUGGUCUUUUUCCUUAUAUGUAUCACGACUUUGUCUUUUAUUUCUACGCCUUAUUAUUAUUAUUAUUAUUAUUGUAGAAUGUGAAGGAAAAGGGUUGGAGUUUGGUUGUCCAUUGUUACAUUUUAAUUUUCUUCAUUAUUUUUAAGAAAUGCACUGUCUUUUAGUUACCUGUUAUUCGUCCGUGAUUUUGUAACCGGUCCGAUAUUUUUUCUGUUCGUUUCAUGGCUAAUGGAAUUGUACCAAAUAUUGUUUUAAAUGAUAUUCUAACGGUUUGAUGUUGAAACAUUAUUACAAAAUUUAUCUAAGAAAUGACACGUAUUACAAAGUCAUGGAACAAUCAUCUUUUCAUAUCUUCUGUGCUCUCUGUCUCUGUGUCUCUGCAUAGAAUAUUUACUUAUUUCAAUCUGACACUAUUUCGCAUAGUUGCUCAACCAUCUGUAUUUGUGAAAGGGUGGAAGGAUAAAGUUGUAAUCUUUGUUUCUCGGUAAUAUCUCACUUUUCUAUUUGUCAUUAACAUUCAUAGAAUCACCUAUGUUACUUGUAUUCCCUGUAGUAUAUAUAUAUAUAUAUAUGGAAGAUUUUAUUGUCUAAUAAACUUCAACAUUUCUUCUUUUUUAUUCUACUGUUAUUCAUUCUUGUCAUUUUCUCCUAUUCUUUGUAGGAUUUUAUAAAAUCCUGACCAUCUCUUCACUGAGUAAUGCGUAGCUAGUUCAACUUAAUGAAUCCAGUUUUUUAUUUAUUUGAGGUUUAGCUUAUUGAUGUUAAAGUUGAGUUCGUCUUUUUAUUGUUACUCCAUUGUCUUCAAUUUAUUUUGUUUCGUAUUCUUCAUUUGGUUUAUUUUCGAUUGACUUUGUCAAUUUUCAGUUGCUUCAUUGUAUAAAUUACUCUAGAAAUGUUCUACGAACGAAAUAAACAAAGCAAUAAAAGAAUUAUUGUUUACUAAUUUAAUGAAAUCUUCACUAAACUAGCUUGUAAAUAAAAGUUUGGUUGAAAUA